AUGUCGUCCAGGCGAGAAAAUGAAGGUUCUGUCGGGCAAAACGGUGAACCUCAAAGUCAACGUUAUGAUGAAGAAGAUGCCAUUGAUGAAUUGUUCAAUAAUGAGAAUGAGGAUGUGGAGGACGAAGAAGGAGAAAAUUUGUUUGGAGAUGAUAUGGAAAGGGACUAUCAGGCACAGCCUGAACUCGACAUAUACUCCGAAUCUGGAAUGGACGACGCCUCAGAUUUGGAUGAAUUGUCGAUAAGUGGAAGACUGGCUGCUGAAAGGGAAAUGGCCCAAAGAGAUCAACUUUUGGAUGAUGACGCGCUGUUCUAUGAAGAAGGAGAUGAAGAACAGAGAAGGCGGAGGAGACGUCGUGUUGCAGCAGAAGAAGGAGCAGACGAAGAGCAGGAUAUGAUGGAGGAAGUUCCUAUUGAUAUCUUGGAGAACUUGAGAGGUCGUUCGACGAAGGACCAUGUUUCUGACGAGGCUGUAGCGAGAGAGAUAGAAAGAAGGUUCAAGAAUUUUCUUCGUGCAUUCAAGGAUCCGCUGACCCGAAAAGCCAAAUAUUUGAAGGCCAUGAAUCAAAUGGCCUCCGAGAACAAAGAAUCUUUGGAAGUCGAUUUCCGCGAUCUGGCAGAUGACAGUGGAGAGCCGAACAUCUGCUACUUCUUACCAGAAGCUCCCGUUCAGGUAUUGAGAAUCCUGGAUAAAGCUGCAACAGACGUUGUUCUAACGAUUUACCCGUAUUAUGGACGUGUAUGUUCAGAAAUAAAGGUUCGCAUCUCCAAUUUGCCAGUUGAGGAGGACAUUCGCAUGCUACGGCAGAUCCACCUUAAUAUGUUCAUCAAGACUAGUGGUGUGGUUACGGUUGCCACAGGAAUCCUCCCACAAUUGUCCGUUGUUAAAUAUGAUUGCGUUGCUUGUGGAUAUAUCCUUGGUCCUUUUGUGCAACGUGAGGAUGAAGAGGUAAAGCCGACGAUCUGCCCAUCAUGCCAAGGAAGGGGGCCAUUCGAACUUAAUGCUGAGAACACUGUCUACCACAACUAUCAGCGUAUCACUAUACAGGAAUCUCCAAAUAAGGUAGCAGCUGGUCGCUUGCCUCGCUCCAAAGAUUGUAUAUUGCUUGGUGAUCUUUGUGAUUCUUGCAAGCCUGGCGAUGAAAUUGAAGUAACCGGAGUUUAUUCUAACAAUUUUGACGGCGCUUUGAAUUACAAGCAAGGCUUUCCUGUCUUCAACACACUUAUCCACGCGAAUCAUAUUUCGAACAAAGAUAAACUCAGUUGUAACCAACUCACAGAUGACGAUGUAAAGGCUAUUCGGGAAUUGUCUAAAGAUCCACAAAUUGCUGAGCGGAUUUUUGCAUCCAUUGCUCCUUCCAUCUAUGGUCAUGCAUUCGUAAAGCAGGCCAUAGCGCUUGCCUUGUUCCGUGACAUCAACGUUCUUCUUUGCGGGGAUCCAGGUACUGCGAAGUCGCAGUUCCUACGUUUUGCCGCGCAUACAGCUCCUCGUGCUGUGCUCACUACAGGUCAGGGCGCUUCAGCAGUUGGAUUAACCGCCUAUGUUCAACGCCAUCCCGUUACAAGAGAAUGGACAUUAGAAGCUGGUGCCAUGGUUCUUGCUGAUAAGGGAGUGUGCUUGAUCGAUGAAUUUGACAAGAUGUCAGAUCAGGACCGCACUUCUAUCCAUGAAGCGAUGGAGCAGCAGUCAAUUUCCAUUUCGAAAGCGGGAAUCGUGACCUCACUGCAUGCUAGGUGCACGGUGAUUGCAGCUGCUAACCCUAUCGGUGGAAGGUACAAUCCUUCCCGAACGUUUGCAGAAAAUGUGGAUCUGACCGAGCCUAUUCUUUCCCGUUUUGAUGUGCUUUGCGUUAUCAGAGACACUGUAGACCCUGUUGAAGAUGAGAGGUUUGUUUUGAAUAGGUUCUGUUCUACUAAUCACGAACCACGAGUUGGAGACCUGCGCUGCUGGAGAAACGUGCGCUUCUGGACUCCUUUAGUGAAUGGCACUCGACAAUGGGCUAUUAAUCGUGAGGUGCCUGCCUUCAACCAGCCG